AUGAAUUUCUUUAACAGCUCUAGCCUGGAGGACGGGAUGGAGGCAGAAAACAUCUCCUCUAAUUCCACUUCUCAGAGCGAGUACAGCCAGCUGGCCAUCUGGGGUCUGGCUGGACUGGUCAGCUUCCUCAUUUUGUUUACAAUAGUCGGGAACGUCUUGGUUGUCAUCGCUGUGUUAACAAGCAGAGCACUAAAACCACCCCAGAACCUUUUCCUGGUAUCCCUGGCCAGUGCUGACAUACUGGUGGCCACCCUCGUCAUUCCCUUCUCUUUGGCAAAUGAACUCAUGGGCUACUGGUUCUUUGGUAAAAUCUGGUGUGACAUCUACCUGGCCCUGGACGUUUUAUUCUGCACCUCUUCUAUUGUUCACCUGUGCGCCAUUAGUCUGGACAGGUACUGGUCUGUGACACAGGCUUUAGAGUACAACCUGAAGAGGACACCUAAAAGAGUCAAAGGGAUGAUUGUGGUGGUGUGGUUGAUCUCGGCUGUCAUCUCCUUCCCACCGCUCAUAUCCAUGGACAGGACCAGCAACGAGGCCAGUCCCCAGUGUAUCCUGAACGACGAGACCUGGUAUAUCCUCUACUCCAGCAUUGGAUCAUUCUUCGCCCCCUGCGUUAUCAUGAUCCUGGUAUAUAUCCGCAUCUACCAGGUGGCAAAGACCAGGACCAGAACAAUGUCAGAGAAGAAGAGGGAUGUGGACUCCCCUCGGGAGAACGGGACGGACAAGGCUGAGCCAGGCGGGUCAGUGAAGUCCAACAGGGGCGGGAGCGUGAAGGACCAGGAACGUGAGAAUGGGCACUGCCAGGAGCAGGCGGCUCAGUCCCCCCUACCCAACGAGCCGAAGCACGGGUCCACAGACCACGACGAGGACUUUGAAGACAGCAGCUCAUCGGACGAGAAGCCUAAAAAAAAUUCGACUUCCUCCAAACAUCACCACGAAGACAGGAAAGACAGGAAGUCCAGCCGGAAGAGCAGCUCCGCCUCUAAAUACUCCAGCAGAAAGUCGCGUGCCAGCUCCAAGUCCAUGGAGCUGUUCUCGUCUCGCCGCAAACGCAGGAGCACCGUCAACCGAAAGAAAAUCUCUGCCGCUAGGGAAAAGCGCUUCACCUUUGUCCUUGCUGUCGUCAUGGGCGUAUUCGUCCUGUGCUGGUUCCCCUUCUUCUUCUCCUACAGCCUGUACGGCAUCUGCCGGGAGCCGUGCCAGAUCCCGGAGACCCUCUUCAAGUUCUUUUUCUGGAUUGGGUACGUUAACAGCUCUCUAAACCCGGUCAUCUACACCAUCUUCAACCAGGACUUCCGCAGAGCCUUCCAGAAGAUCCUCUGCAAGUCGUGGAAACGCUCGUUCUGA